AUGGGAUUCUUCAUGGGUUUUGAUCAAUUACAAAACCCAGUAAGGAUUUGGCUCAUCUUCCUUCGCUUGGUGACUUCUUUUGUGAAUUUAUCUCACUUGAUUCUUAGCCAGUUAGGAUCACCAUACCCAUGGCUUAAAGAGCUAAAAUCUGAGGAGCGGGGUUUGUAUUUGAUCCACUUGUUGCUCACUUGUGCAAAUCAUGUUGCCACGGGAAGCCUUGAAAAUGCAAAUGUUGCCCUUGAGCAAAUUUCCCAACUCGCCUCUGCUGAUGGUGAUACCAUGCAGCGGAUUGCUGCAUACUUCACUGAGGCUCUUGCUGAUCGAAUCCUCAAAGCUUGGCCUGGUCUUCACAGGGCCCUUAAUUCCACUAAAAUAUCUUUGGUUUCUGAAGAAUUUCUAGUUCGGAAAGUGUUUUUUGAGAUGUUGCCAUUCCUAAAGGUGGCUUUUGUGCUUGCAAACCAAGCUAUUACUGAAGCCAUGGAAGGGGAAAAGAUGGUGCAUGUAAUUGAUCUCAAUGCAGCUGAACCUGCACAAUGGAUUGCUCUUCUUCAAGUUUUAAGUGCAAGGCCUGAAGGUCCACCUCAUUUGAGAAUUACUGGUGUUCAUCAACAGAAAGAGGUGCUAGAUCAAAUGGCUCAUAGGUUGACUGAGGAAGCAGAAAAACUGGAUAUCCCAUUUCAGUUCUGUCCCAUAGUCAGCAAAUUGGAAAAUCUUGAUAUGGAAAAACUUCGCAUCAAAACUGGUGAGGCUCUAGCUAUCAGCUCAGUUCUUCAGUUGCACUCCCUUUUGGCGUCUGAUGAUGAACUUUUGAAAAAGAAAUCCCCGUUAGCGUCAAAGAGUUCAAGUGGAAUUCCCUUACCAAGAGUAUUGCAAAUGAACCAAGGCACCCUGGGUGAGUUGCUAGAGAAAGAGAUGGGCAACGGGUAUAGUGCGAGUCCUGACUCAACCUCGUCAUCACCACUAUCUUUGACUGCUUCGAUGAAGUUGGAUAGCUUUCUUAAUGCAUUUUGGAGCUUGACACCAAAGGUCAUGGUAAUAACCGAACAAGAUUCUAACCAUAAUGGCUCCACUCUAAUGGAGAGGCUAUUGGAAGCUCUGUACUCAUAUGCUGCAUUGUUUGAUUGCUUGGAGUCUACAAUGUCGAGAAAUUCAAUAGAGAGGCUGAAGGUGGAGAAGAUGCUCUUUGGGGAGGAAAUAAAAAACAUUAUAGCUUGUGAGGGAUGUGAGAGGAAGGAAAGACACGAAAAGCUUGAGAAGUGGAUUCAAAGGCUUGAUUUAGCUGGGUUUGGAAAUGUACCUUUGAGCUAUUAUGGAAUGCUGCAGGCAAAGAGGUUGUUGCAGGGCUAUGGUUGCGAUGGGUAUAGAAUGAGAGAAGAGAAUGGUUGUGUGUUGAUUUCCUGGCAAGAUCGACCCCUAUUUUCUGUCUCAGCUUGGAGGUGCAGGAAGUAG